AUGGGAUCAAGGCAAGUGCUAAGCAAGCUUUUUGCAGUGGUUGCUGUGUUUGUAUGUUUCUGGGAUGCUGUGUUGUCAACUCCUUGGGCUCAUGCAGCUCUGAAGCCCAAGGGCUUCCAGAAGUCUGCAGUGCUUCAACCCAGGGGCUUCCAGAACCAGAGGUCUGCAGUGCUGCAACCCAGGAAGCAGGAUUCAGUGUUCCAGUCAAAGCAAGUCUUUGAAACCCCACUGACCUGGACGUUUCCUCAUGAUCCAGUGCUGGAGGCCAAACCUGAAGUGAAUAAUUUUGAGCUGAAGCAGCCUGUCCCUGCCGACACGGUGGGGGUGAAGUGCGGGGAGAAUCUGGUACAGGUGGAGGUCAAGCAGGAUCUGUUUGGUAUCGGCCAACUCAUCCAGCCGGCGCAUCUCACCCUGGGGGGCUGUGCUGCAGCUGGGGAGGAUGUCGAAGCCCGCAGGCUGAUCUUUGAGUCUGAGCUGCAGGGAUGCAACAGCAAAUUGGAGGUAGCCUUUGCAUGUUCAAAUCUAAAUGUCUAGUUAAAAUAUUCUAAAUCUAAGGACUGGUUUCCUGGACACGUAGUAAGCCUAGUCUUGGACUUUUUAACAGUUAACGUUUCACUUUUUACACGUUUACAAAGCAUGUGACAAAUAAAAUGUGAUUUGAAGCUCAAUGGGAAAUCAUUGCAACUGCUUUGAACACACUUGUGUUAUGUUACCACUUCACAGAUGAUAGAGGAUGCCCUCAUCUAUACCUUCCACCUGCUCUACAAACCAAGCAAUAUUGGUGAUACCCCUGUUGUAAGGACCACUGAGGCUGUUGUAGGCAUUGAGUGCCACUACAAGAGGUGAGAUUCUCCAAGCGGAUGACUUGUGGUCUACUCAAAGUGAGGCGCAUGGACAGAAGUAGGCCUAAUUCUCAGUCACCCAGGACUUCAUUUUGCAAAGAGUAAUGUCCUUUCUUUCUCCCCUUGCAGGAAACGCAAUGUGAGCAGCAAUGCCUUGAAGCCCACCUGGACCCUCUUUGGAGACUCUAAAGUAGUCGAGGAGCAACUCUACUUUUCUCUCAAGCUCAUGACUGGUGGGUAGUUCCAUGUCUGUCAAUUAUUCUUAAUUGGCGCCCUCAACCAGCACCUAGCAACCUCACGAAGAAGUUUGGUCUCUUGGUGUAACAGCGUAGGUGUUGGGUUGACACUUGCUGGUCCCGGUCAGGGCUACACAACCAACUCGCAGCAAUCUACUGCAGCCCCGAAAUGUGUUAACAUUGUAUUGUAAAGGCUAACCAUGGGCCUCUUUGUAAAGAUGCUACUAAAUUACACUGACUUUCGCCUCUUUCUAGACGACUGGCAGUUUGAGAGGCCCUCCAGUCAGUACUUCCUGGGUGACCUGAUUUGCAUGGAAGCCUCUGUCCUGCAGUACCACCAUGUGCCGCUGCGGGUCUUUGUGGAAAGCUGCGUUGCCACUCUGGUGCCUGACAUUAACUCUAAGCCCAGAUACUCCUUCAUUGAGAAUCACGGGUGAGUCAGCGAGGGCACUGUUCAAAGGUGGUGUGUACCAGGGUUGGGAUCAAUUUAAAUUCAGGAAUUAAACUAACACCGUACUAUUGUACUUGUCUUCGUUGAACGAAUAGUCGCACUUGUCUUUCUUACUGGCACUGAAUUUGCUGAGAUGCUAUAUUUAAGCAAUAAGGUCAGAGGGGGUGUGGUGUAUGGCCAAUAUACCAUGGCUAAGGGCUGUUCUAACGCACGAUGCAACGCGGAGUGCCUGGAUACAGCCCUUAGCCAUAGUCUAUUGGCCAUAUACCACACCCCCUCUGGCCUUAUUGCUAUUAUAAACUGGUUACCAACGUAAUUAGAGCAGUAAAAAAAUCAAUGUUUUUGUUAUACCUGUGGUGUAUGGUCUGACAUCCACGGCUGUCAGCCAAUCAGCAUUCAGGGCUCGAACCACCCAGUUUAUAUUGAGGUUUCUAAUUGCAACAACUGAUAUGUAGUUUUAUCUACCUUAGUUUAAUGCACUGACUAAGUCUCUCUGGAUAGGAGUGUCUGCUAAAUGUAAACUGAAAUUCCAAUUCUACAUUUCUCAAAGUAUUGAGGUGAAUUGGACUUUCAGUUUACUGCAAGGAAUUGACCCCCCAACCCUUGUGUGCACACACAACAAACUAUCACUAUGUACAACCAGUUUCAUACAGCUAACUGGGAAAGGCCCUUAGACAGUUUCCCAGGCACAGAUUAGCCUAAUUCUGGACAAAUUCCUCUAAUGGAGAUUCUCCAUUGACUAUAAAAAAAAAAAAAAAAAUUGUCCAGGAGUGGAAAUAAUCUCUGGGGAAAUGGUCCCUAGAAGUUGCAAAUGUUGCUAUUAAAGGAGCAACUGGAAGGUGUGCACUGCACAUUCUCCUUGCGAACUGUUCUUUUCUCCAAUGGUUUCUGGUUGUUCAGGUGUCUAGUUGAUGCUGCGUUGACGGGCUCUAGUUCCCAGUUCCUGCCUCGCUCACAGGACCACAAGCUUCAGAUCCAGCUGGAGGCCUUCAGAUUCCAUCAGCAGGAUGCUGGCCCUGGAAGCAACAGCAACACUGGCGAGGACAAAAUUGACCAGAUCUACAUAACCUGCCACCUGAAGGCCACUGCAGCUUCGUCCCCAAUUUAUGCUGAGCACAAGGCCUGUUCCUUUGUCAAGGGGUAAGUGUACAGUGACUUUUUCUUCUGUGAGAUGGGUUGUGUUCAUUAAGGAAAACUGUUAUACAUAUUUUUGCAGUGGAAGCAGACGUUUCUUACUGGACUGGCAGGAUGGUACCUCACUUUCUAGUUUCCGGUCUACUGAAUACAACUGGUAAAGCAAGCUUUGUCGCACUGCCUUGCCCAAUUUUAAACCUUUUUUCUUCUCACAGGUGGAGGUCUGCAGAUGGGGAUGACCAGGUGUGUGGUUGCUGUGACUCCUCCUGCACCAUGAGAAGGGCCAGAGAUAUCUCUGUCGACGCCGGUAUGACUUGAGUAUUCAAAUUCACUGGCUCAACGUUUCAGCUUCCUCAAGGCUCUUCGACACAAUUGAUCUGGCUGCUGGGCUCAGAUCCUGAGAACCCCUAUCAUUGUGCCCUUGAGCAAGGGUAACCCCACAAUUUGCUCCAUCCAGUGUCGCUGCACUGCGGCUUGACCCUGUGUUCCUCUCAACUGUGCUAUCAUCAUUCAAUUGGGUGUUUGUCCCUCUUGCAGGAAUCUGUUAUGCACAUUCAAAAGCAUUGGUAAUGUUAAACUAUAUGAUAAUUCUAGUCCUCUUACAGUUGACUUCUCUCUCCGCAGAUGUGCAGUGGGAAGCCGACACUGUCCUUGGCCCCAUAUCCAUCCAGCAGUAUCUUGUGUUGCCAUAA